AUGGCGCACCACCACCACCGCCACAGCCACAACCACCAACACCACGAGUUUGAGUUUGACCCGAACCAUGUCGACCUGACGAUGGCCGAUCCGAAAGAUAUCAUCUGCUUCCUCAGUGCCGGUGAGAAUGAGUACGACGGUCGCCUGGGUGCCCGCAUCUCGGCCCUCUUUGUGAUUCUGAUCACCUCGUUGCUCUGCACCCUCUUCCCCGUCGUUGCUACCCGGAUCAAGCGCCUUCGCAUUCCUGUCUAUGUCUACCUCUUCGCUCGCUACUUCGGUGCCGGUGUCAUUAUAGCUACGGCGUUCAUCCAUCUUUUGGACCCGGCCUAUGCUGAGAUUGGCCCUGCGUCCUGCGUCGGCUUGACGGGCGGAUGGGCUGGGUACUCUUGGCCGCCCUGCUUGGCUAUGAUCAUGGUCAUGUUGACUUUCCUACUUGAUUUUGGCGCUGAGUGGUUUGUCGAUAAGAAGUACAACAUGAGUCACGGCCAUGGUGACAACAUUGCGCAAUCCAUUACCUUGGGUGGUGACAAGCACCGUAACGGGGUUUCUGGUGAGGCCGGGAACCCGGUCCCCGUCUCGCACCCCUCGCAGUCCCAUCAAUUCUUGCACUCGGCCGACCAAGACGGUUCAGCCGCCCCCAACGCCGCUGUUCCUCACUCGAACUCCGCAGACGACGCUAGCAACGAGAAGCUUGACCUUGAGAAGGUUGAGUAUGCCGCCGCGAGCAACGAACGUGCCUUCCGCGAGCAGUUCGCCGCCUUCCUGAUCCUCGAGUUCGGUGUCAUCUUCCACUCUGUCAUCAUCGGCCUCAAUCUGGGCGUCGUCGGCGAAGAGUUCAACACUCUCUACCCUGUUAUCGUCUUCCACCAGGCCUUUGAGGGUCUCGGUAUUGGCGCUCGUCUCAGCGCCAUCCCCUUCCCUGCCCGCCCUGGCAAGUUCCUCAAGGCUCUGCCCUGGCUUCUGUGCGCCGCCUACGGCCUGACGACACCGAUCGCCAUUGCCGUCGGCCUCGGCGUCCGCACUACCUACAACGACAGCUCUUUCACGGCCAAUGUCGUGUCCGGUGUCCUGGACAGCAUUUCGGCCGGUAUCCUGAUCUACACCGGUCUCGUCGAGCUGCUGGCCCGCGACUUCCUCUUCAACCCGGAGCGCUCACGCGACGGCAAGCGUGUCACGUUCAUGCUGGUUAGCCUGUUCCUUGGCGUGGCUAUCAUGGCUCUCCUGGGCAAGUGGGCUUGA